AAGCGUCCUACUUGCCCGAUUGGAAAGGGCCCGGGCACGCCAUUUUUCUGAGAAACCUCAGAAAGCGACCCGUUUGCACUUUUGGUAAGGACUUGCACCGAAUCACAGUCACUUUAUAGGUCUUGGUAACUGAACAAAAAUAAAAAGGGAUCCUAUGAAAACAUGCAAACUUCACUAUUGAACAGGUGCUACUGAGGCACUUUACUGCUACCACAAACUUGAAGGGCACAGCCAAAGUCCUUAGCAUUCCUCAUUAAAAAGGUAUUCAUAAGCAUUGUAGCUGUAAGUUUACUAUAUGUGGUUUAAUUGCUGAGGGGAUCAACGACGCAGAUGGCCUGACGCUGCGGAGGGGGCAGCCUUGCAGCACAAGUUCUACGACAUGGCCGGCUUUCCUUUGGUCGUGGGUGCUGUUGACGGUACCCAUGUCCGGAUCCAGGCACCCCAUGUGCACGAGGAGGCGUACGUCAACCGCCAUGGAUACCAUUCCAUCAACGUACAGGUGGUCGUUGACGCCUCUUCUCGGAUUCGCAACGUGGUUGCAAGGUGGCCUGGAAGCACCCACGACUCUCGGAUCUUCACGGAGAGCACCUUGGCAGUCAAGCUGGCCAGUGGAGAGUACGACGGCCUGCUGCUUGGUGACAGCGGCUACUCCUGUCAACCAUGGCUGAUGACGCCAUUCCUGUCGCCGUCAUCAGCAGCCGAGGUCGCAUACAAUACGGCACACACGACGACAAGAAGCAUUGUUGAACGGACAAUCGGCCAACUCAAGCGGAGGUUCCAUUGCCUUCACGCUGAGCUCCGAAUGGCUCCAGAACGGUGCUGCGACAUCAUUGUCGCGUGCUGUGCCCUCCACAACCUGGCCAAGAGGUACCCCUGCAGGACACCCGUGGCCGCCAUCCCCGCUGAGGUUCCCGUUGAGCCCGUAGCAGCCAACCGUGCUGAGAGCAACGAGGCCCGAGACUUUAUUGUCAACCAUUUCUUCGGCUAAGUAUCCUGCUGUCGCUCGGCCCUUCUCUGGUACUGCUGUGCAGCCUCACGGGUCCAGCGCUGGUUGUGCUGCACAACAGGAGAGGCCAGUGUUCUCUGUGCUGCGUCGUCUUCAACUGUACUGCUGCCAGAUGACGAGGGUGGCGGCGUCGUCACCCUUCCCGUGCAGCUGCUGUAGUGACACGCAUGACCAGGAAAUUGUUUGAGGUUAAAGGGAUACUACAACAAAAUUUCGGGUUUCAUUUUUUGGUCUAUAUGUGUUCGAAGGAGCAGUAUCA